GGCCAGUCCCCAGUCAUCGGGAGGGCGGGUUCCGCGGAUACCCUGUUUUUGUUUCUGCUGCCUCCUUCCCCCUUUUUGGAGCUGCUUGAGCCGCCGAGGCAAACCCAGUCGGGAGUCGAGCUUGCGGCCCAGAUCAGUUUCUUAGGGUGAAAAGUAAACCUUGAGAGGCACAUGUUGCUUCUCUCACGGCUUACCGCCUGGCAGCUCAGUGUGCUUUACCUGGGUGGCAAGUCAGUGGGCCAUGCAUGAUUAGACCCUUUAGAAAUUAGUGCUCCAUACGCUUAGUGAAGUUGAUGAUGGAUCUGAAUUUUCAUUUGAAAGGAUCUAGUUUAAAAACUGGUCAUUUCUCUUCCAGUCAUUUUCGCUGCCUGUUCUAGCAUUAUUUUUGGUAACUCCAAAGAUAACAUGAGACCCUGUUUUUCUUGAUUCUGAGGCAUAUUGUUACCGGAGAACUGGGUUUGCCUCUUGGUGAGCAUGGGGGCAAAAGACACAACCAAACCAAAGACCUGGAGAAGGAAGGAUUUAUUACUUGCAGCGACUUUCAAGAGUGUUGGAUCUUCCUCCAGAAUACUUGAUCAAGUCAAUAUCUGCAGUUCCAAUUUCCAGAAAAGAAGAUACCAUAAAGCUACAACUAGGUAAUGGAAGAGGAAGAGUUUUGUAAGGUGAUGCAAGAUAAAGUUCUAAAUCAAUACAAGAGAAGUAGCUGACUUUCAGCUUUCUGUGGAUUCUCUAUUGGAACACAACAAUGGCCAUUCAAGACCAGAUAUUCAACUUCAAGCCAUGAGACUGGCAGAGAAGCUAAAAUGUGACACGGUGGUGAGUGAAAUCAGCACUGGUCCAGGGACUGUAAAUUUCAAAAUAAACAGAGAACUAUUAACAAAGACAGUACUACAAGAAGUGAUUGAAGAUGGCUCAAAAUAUGGAUUGAAAAGUGAACUGUUUUCUGGCCUUCCCCAGAAGAAGAUCGUGGUUGAAUUCAGUUCACCUAAUGUUGCCAAAAAAUUUCAUGUUGGACAUUUGCGUUCUACCAUCAUAGGAAACUUUAUAGCAAAUCUCAAAGAAGCUUUAGGACAUCAAGUAACAAGAAUAAAUUAUCUUGGAGAUUGGGGCAUGCAAUUUGGUCUUUUGGGAACUGGCUUCCAGCUGUUUGGCUAUGAAGAAAAACUCCAGUCCAAUCCUUUACAGCAUCUCUUUGAAGUUUAUGUACAAGUUAAUAAAGAAGCAGCAGACGAUAAAAAUGUAGCAAAAUCAGCACAUGAGUUCUUCCAGCGAUUGGAACUGGGCGACACGCAAGCACUUGCACUCUGGCAGAAAUUUCGGGACUUGAGCAUAGAAGAGUACAUUCGGAUUUACAAGCGUCUAGGAGUACACUUUGAUGACUAUUCAGGAGAAUCAUUUUAUCGUGAAAAAUCUCAAGAAGUCUUAAAGUUGCUGGACAGUAAAGGACUCCUACAGAAAACAAUUAGGGACAGCAGAAGGUCGUGUGCAGCCUUCCUGGCAUUUUUUUACAGUGCUUUUUGCUCUUCAGAGUACUUUCCCACAUGCUGUCUCUUGUUGCCGUCGCAAAAUCCUGAGUUACCUUUUUGCAUUUCUAGAAAAGGCACAGCUGUAGUGGAUCUGUCAGGGAAUGGUGACCCCUCCUCAAUUUGUACUGUAAUGCGAAGUGAUGGGACGUCUCUCUAUGCAACCAGAGAUCUUGCAGCUGCUAUAGAUCGAAUGGACAAGUAUAAUUUUGAUAAAAUGAUUUAUGUGACAGAUAAAGGGCAAAAAAAGCAUUUUCAGCAAGUGUUCCAAAUGCUGCAGAUCAUGGGAUACGACUGGGCAGAAAGGUGCCAGCACGUGCCCUUUGGGGUAGUGCAGGGAAUGAAGACGCGAAGAGGAGACGUUACUUUUCUGGAAGAUGUUCUAAAUGAGAUUCGAUUGAGGAUGCUACAGAACAUGGCUUCUAUUAAGACUACCAGAGAGCUGGAGAACCCCCAGGAGACAGCAGAGAGGGUGGGGCUCGCAGCCCUCAUCAUUCAGGACUUCAGAGGUUUCCUGUUAUCUGACUAUCAGUUCAGCUGGGAUCGUGUUUUCCAGAGUCGCGGGGACACGGGAGUCUUCCUGCAGUACACACACGCCCGCCUCCACAGUUUGGAAGAGACUUUUGGAUGCGGUUAUCUAAAUGACUUCAACACUGCUUGCUUACAAGAGCCACAGUCUGUUUCCAUUCUCCAGCAUCUUCUCAGGUUCGAUGAGGUGCUUUAUAGGUCAGCCCAAGACCUUCAACCCAGGCACAUUGUCAGUUACCUUCUAACUCUAAGUCAUCUUGCAGCGGUGGCACACAAAACACUACACAUAAAAAGCAGUCCUCCUGAAGUGGCCGGGGCCAGACUUCAUCUUUUCAGAGCUGCCCGCUCAGUCCUAGCCAACGGAAUGAAACUUCUUGGAAUAACACCUGUAUGUAGGAUGUAAUUUCUAAUUAAAAUUGCUUUUAAAAUACUAAAUGAAUUCUAGUUAUCUAUUCUUACAUGCCUCGCUAUUUAGAAUAGAAUUGAAACUAAUAUUCUGUGUCAGAAUCUAUAUUUUAUUGUCUAUAUUUUAUUAAGUGAUUUAUCAACUUAUUAAAUCUUUAUCUUUUAAAAAAAUCAUCUGAGUUUCCUCAUGGUCAAUAAGUACUAAACAGACUUUUGUUAAACUAAGUUAAAUCUUUUUAAAGUCAUUGUGGUCUACCGGAGACAAAGAGUUUAAACUCUGGCUUGAGGGUUUUUUUGUUUUUCUUU